AUGGAGGACCUUGCGGUCGAAGUUUGUGGAGCUAAUGGGAUUUAUUACAAGGCAGUGCUAAAAAGUUUUUAUGAUGAUGAAGUCUGUGUUGAGUUUGAAAACAAUUGGCAGCCAGAAAGACGUGUUAAGUGCAAUCAGGUUCGGCUGCCCCCUAAAGAAAGUGGGAAAGUCGAGUAUAAAGAUGACGAUCGUGUUGAAGUUUACGCAAAAUCAUCGGAAGAUGCUGCAUUUGCGUGGUGGCCGGGAAAGUUGAAAAUGCUUAAAGGGGAGUUUGCUGUCAUUGAAUACAGUGGAAUGGACAAACAGUACAGCGAUAUCAUCCCCCUGGACAGAAUUCGCCCAGUCAAUACAAAUCCUCCAAUCACUAAAAACAGUUUCUUCAAAUAUAUACUGGAAGUUCCACCUGAUUUGAGGGAUGUGUGUCAGGAAGAUACCGUUCAUGAGGACUUCCGAAAGCACAUCGGUCCGGCUGUUCUCAGUUACAAUGCUACAGAGAAUACUCUUCAAAUUCUGUCCACUAACGAAUCUGUGAUUAAAAAGGCUUCCAUUAUUGGUGACAUGUUUCUACGCAACCUUCGUCAGAAAGUCUUACUCAAGCAAAGAACAGAAGAGGCAGUUAAAAAGUUGCAGGGAGUUAGUCUGUUUCAGAACACAAAGAUCCGCUCAGGCUACAUGGAGGAGUUCAUAGUGCGCGAGGACCUCAUGGGGCUGGCCAUCGGCACGCACGGUGCCAACAUACAGCAGGCACGCAAAGUGGAGGGCAUCACCGGCAUCGAGCUCGACGAGGCCACGUGCACAUUCAAAGUUUACGGGGAGACAAAGGAUGCAGUGAAACAAGCGCGCAACACAUUAGAAUUCUCUGAAGAAACGUUCCCAGUGCCUAGGGAUUUAGUAGCCAAGGUUAUUGGUAAGAAUGGGCGGACGAUUCAAGACAUGGUUGACAAGUCUGGUGUGGUGCGAGUGAAGAUAGAGGGAGACAAUGAGGCCGAAGAUGUGAGUGAAGGAACGUGGCCGGAAAAGACUGGAGAUGUGCCUUUCAUUUUCGUAGGAACUGUUGAAAGUAUUGGAAAUGCCCAAUUGUUACUGGAUUACCAUUUAACACAUUUACGGGAAGUAGAGCAGUUGAGACAAGCCAAACUGGAGAUAGAUAGUCAGUUGAAAAGUUUGUCUGGAACCCAGAAUAGUCCUUACUACCCAGCACCCCGAGAAAGAAGGAGUAGCACUGAUCCUUUUUACGAUGACAGGGGAAGGCGGGGCCGAGGUGGGCGUGGCAUGGGGCGUGGUCGGAGAUGGGCGACAGAAAGGCAUGGAGAAGACAGCACAGGUCCAGAACCUGUUGGAGACUGGUCUGCGGAGGUGAUGGCCGAGGAGCGGCGCCAGUCAGGUUACUUGACUGACAGCGUUCUCAGUGGAAGAGGGCGGGGCUACAGGAGGGGACGAGGUCGGGGGCGGUUCUCCGGCUACUCUUCUCGGAGGGAAUCAGAUUAUGAAGAUCACCGUCGCUUCCCGCCUGAUAACUUCAACUUCCGGGUCACCAGAAAAUUUAAUUACGACGACGACGACCGAGACCCACGCUCACGUCGGCGCAUGACGGACGACGACGAUACAGUAUUAGACAACGCGAGUGUCACAAGUCAAGAACAAGACUUCGACCGUAGAAGAAGAAGGCGGCGACGUCCCAACCGGAUUCGUGGAAACGUCGGCAGUGCAGCGUCGGGAACGGAAACCGACACCAGCGUAUCAAACUACCGAGGCGGAAACCGCUACCAGAACAUGCCGCCCCGCACACAGUCGUCGGCUCGUGGCGGUGGAGGAGGAAACGUUGGCCAGCCAAACUCGAUGAAACCCGAGCGAAACCAGUCUGGCAAUCAGUACAGCGGUAGCGCUGGAGCAGUUGGCGGUAGUAGUAGUGGUGGUGGUGGCGGCGGUGGUGGUGGGUACAAGAACAAUCAGAACCAAACCGGUACUGCCGAGAAGGUUAACGGAAUGGCUGAAUCGUUGUCUGCGUCAGCCGAUGCUGCAGCCAAACCACCACGCGACGUACCAAAGGAGCAGCGUGAACCGCCACGACGUGGGGGUGGGGGUGGGGCCGGGGGCGGGGGCGGGGCGCUACACGGUAAACCUCCCGGCAGUGCAGCCAGCGGCAGUGAUUCGGACUCGAAAAAUGCGAAAGCCAAAGUGAACAAUAUAGCAAAGACGAAAAUGGAACCAAUGGUGAACGGGGAAUAAAAAGGUUUCUCCUCCCUAACUCAGUAUGUGGUGCAUAAAGAUUACAAGUACUUAAACCAACACGGAAAUGACAUACACUCGACUGUCGUCCAGUAAAAUACGGCAAACAAACAAAAAAUCCAGUAGUUUAAUUUUCAGGGGUGGGGAGUAUGAUUUGUUGGUGAGGACAGACCUCGCCACUGCCUUUAGGUGAUUUAGAUCCGCAAGAGGAGUUUGAUAGUAACAUACAGUAGAUAGAGCUUGAUGGUUUGACUACAUGAUUACAUGGUGACAGCUUUAUGCUUUGUGAAAAAGCUGAGGUGAAAACCUUGUGGUCUUCUCUGCUGGCAUCGACAUUGCCCAAAUGUUGAUUAGUGCGACGUGAAAGCUUUGGUCUGUAGUAUGCGUUGAUUAAGUAGCUAUUAGUCAUUGAGACAUCUAGCAAGUGAUGUCGGACCAGAGAGAGAUCAAAAUGAACACAAACAGUUCCCAUUUAAAAGUGCAAAUGAGUUUGAUCCCAGCUGUAGAUGGUAGAAAAUCCAUCCCGUGGUUGAUAUUUUUUGAAGCCGAUUUAAUGUCGUAUUGAAAAAUUCUAGAUCUAAUUCUAGACAUUUUUUUCUGCCUCUGGAAAUGCACGUUUACGUAUUUCCCUGCACUGAAGUGGAUGCUGUGAAAUGACUACGUACCACAAUCUGGAUGAAUUAUUGGCUCCCAGAUCUGCUGAGUUUGAUGAAGAUGGUGACAUUCAUUAUCAGCUAUCAUUUUUUGAGUUGAGACACCGAGCACUGGACCCUCCGGGUGUUUUGAGACAUCCAGGCACGGCCGAUGCAUUGAGACUGAACUACUUUCACAUAUGGAAUUUCACCUAACAUAACCUAUGUGUUUUUCCCCAAACAUUGGUUCUCUUGAACAUCAUCGAUUGAGUCUUAUUUGAGUUGUGAUGGAAAGUGUAAUGUUCCUGUGAUCCCAAAAUUAGGGAUUUUUGUUUUCACAAUCGUAUUGGACAUUUUGAGGUUUUUUGUUGGUGGGUGUUUGUUUUUUUUGUUUUUUUUCUUCUUUUUUUUAUAAAUUGAAAGAACUUUGUAGCCUUUUCCAAUAUUUUUUUAAAUUUUUUUUUGCAAUUGUAAAAAAAAAAGGACCAUAUUUUAAACCAGUUGAAGAUUGCUGAACAACAUGGGUCGAAUUUACGAAGCCAGUUUUUCUUAUAUGCGGGUGUUUAAGCAUUGUGAGUGUGUAUACUUACGUGUGUAAGACAAAAAUAGAGUUUGUAAAUUAGCGUCCUUAUAUCUUAUAUAUGUAUGGGUAAAAUCAAGUUAUAAUGGUAUUUUUAAUGAAAAUUAUUGUUAACGAUGUUACUUAAAAUGUAAGUAAUGCAUGAUGGUAAAUAAUAAAAUUUGGUUUUAAAUUAUUAUUAUUUGGGAGGGGGGCUUAAUUGUGACUUCAGUUUGAAUUUUUUUCUCUCCUCCGUCUCGGAGAAAGAUAUAAACACCUGGUUAUUAAAGCAUUUUCUUUUUAAGUACAAUGGUCAUAACCUUGCGUGUGGUACACAAUCAUCAAUAUUUAGCAUGAUAUACAUUUUCUUUUUGAUAAAUAGAAAAUCGAAACUGUUUAUGUUUGUUGCUUACACCAAAAGUGGAUAUGCACCUGACAUAUUUUUACAGUAUAUCUUUUUUUUUUAUGAUCCACAAGUUCACCGCAGUGUUAAUUUUAAUAUGUGAAGCUAUUGCCUUUACCCUUAACUGAAAUUAUCUCCCUUAGUUUGCCAGGCAAAAUUAUUUCCCUUGGCCACUGAAUUGUAAUUAAUGGUCAUAAUUUUUUCUUUUUAGCUUUUGAAAAUUUGUUUCAUUCUAAAAUUUAGUUUGAUAUAAAAUACAGUUUUUGUAGGAAAAAAACCCAAAACAAAACCCCUCCUGUAUUUUUUCACCAUUGCAGUUGUGCAUACACGAAAUGGAAGAAUAUGUGCUAAGCAUCGUUACAGCACUAGCAAUGAUGUUGUUUUAUGUGAAACAAACAUUGCUUGAAAAAUUAAUAUUUGGAUUGUAUAUUUCAAUAUGAGAUUCAUUCUUGGGGAUGUAACAAAAAUAUUUUGAAACUUAAUGGGCCUAUUGAGUCCCUUUGAAAAAAAAAGAAGUGAAUUAUAUAUUUAAGUUGUGAGGGUUUUUGUUAUAUUUUGUAUAAGCUUUCGUUGUGUUUGUGGAAUAAACAUUGCACAUAUUCAGCAUAAUUCUAGAAUUUUUAUGGAAUGUUAAUACUUUUUGCCGAGUCCAUGUAAGGAAUGCUGUUGAAUCUCAAAAUUAAUUAUUUUGCAAACGGAACCUUUUGCUUUUCUUGCGAGUUGUGAAUAUUGAAUAAUGCAUUUCAGGUUAUUUUGACUUAAUUAAAGUUUAAAAUGUUCACUGGUCUGGAGGUGAAAUAUUUUGAAGUCAGCAUGUUUUACUUAAUUUUGACUUGAUUAUUUUGGGCCUUCAUAGUUUUAUCGCAUUGACUUAAGAUGCAGUCUAAAGCGCUGGCCCCCCCCCCACACACACACACACACCCCACCCCACACACCCCAUAACAAAACCAAUCUGAAACAUGAUACUCCAAUGCAGGCUCUAGGUCAGUCUGUAGAGCACUUGCUUGGGAUGCUACAGUUGCAGGAUCGAACCCCAUUGCUGGACCCAUGUUUUUUUUCUCAUCCCAAACUUCCCCAUGUUUGGUAUAUCAAAGUCUGUGGUAUGUGAUGUUCUGUCUGUGGGAAAGUGCAUAUAAG